GGAAGCUAUUUUUUUUAAUAUUACACUGUGAUACAUAGACUCAUAUAGUAAAAAUGUUUCAAAAUGUAUUAAUGACGGCAUUAACGCCUUUGUGCCACACCAAUGAGAUUAAUUCGUGGCAAAAUAGACCAUUCACUACCAUCUGGCCAGAACCUCAGCAUCAAACAUAUAAAGGAAAAGUUGUCACUAGAACUAUGAAGAAGAAACGAAACCGCACGUCCUUUAGCACAGAGCAACUGCGAGCCCUUGAGCAGGCGUUCGUCCAACACAGGUACAUAAAUUUGGAAAGUAGGAAAGAACUAUCCAAUCGCCUACAGAUAGAUGAGAAACGCAUCAAGGUUUGGUUCCAGAACAGAAGAAUGAAAGAGAAGAGAGAUUCUGAAUCCAGUUUUGAAUCUUCUGAUGGUAGCACUAUUUCUGCCUCUCCGCUGCUGAACGUGCAGAAUGAUGACGUCAAGGUGGAAAAUUUACAAACUGUAAACAUGGAAGUUUCUAAACAAAGCCAAGUAGGACUACACGUGCAAGAUUGUAAUAAUGCAGAGGCUGAAAUUCCACAGUGUGAACCACCACAGUACCCUUACUAUCCACAGUAUUACACUAAUGCUCCCAUGAUGCAGCCAAGUACAUAUUUCUGUAAUGAUACCAAUGUAUAUCCAACUCAGUUCUAUCCUAUUGGUACAGAUUAUCAUCAAGGGCAGAACUCGGAAAGUGAUAACAGUUGGGCUUCAAAUAUAUUCGACGUGAGCUAUAAUUAAAUAAGAAUUAUUUAUAAUUCUUAACUUUAAUAUUUAUUAAAUAUAAAUAAUAAGAUUAUGUGCAGUUCGUAAGGCAUAAUAAUAUAUUUUAGGAAUUAAGUAUUAAGUUAACAUUAAAAGCUAUGAUAUUGUGUACAUUAAGUAGUUGAUAUUCGAUUUAUUUAUUUUAGUUAAGCUUGACGUAGUUAUUAAAUUAUUUCCCUUAUUAUUAUUUUUUACAUAGUAAAGGAUUUAGGUUAAGACGAGUAAACCAUAAAAUUAUUGGAUAGUUAGGAUAAUAUGUAGUUUUAUAUUCAAAUAUUAUGUAUGUAAGUCUUGAGUUCUAAUAAAAUUUUGCUAUCCUAUGUUUUCUACGACGUUUAAAAAUGAUCUACUAUUUAUAAUCUUCGUACUUACGUACUUUGUUACAAAACGUAAUCAUGUUUUUCAUUAUUUAUUAACAGACUACUCUUUAUGCUUAUACUGCUUCAUUUAAAUGUUAUAUUCUAAGAACCAUUGUAAUACUAGUUGGAAUUUUUAAUAAGGAAUAUAUCCAUUA